AUGGUUGAACUGCAGUCCAUUUUCAAAAAGGCCUACUGGACCCUCGCCGCCGGCGGGCUGAUUUACGUGCUCUUUGUCUGUUCUUUGACAUGGCCUGAGGUCCAGCGUUUGUAUGUUUUCCUGCUCACGAGCGCGGCUGUAGCUAAUCUGGAGCAGUGCACUCUACGCCAACAAGGUCAACCCCAGUCUCUGGCAGGAUGUGAAUCAAGUCGAACAAUUCGGUUUCCUGAGUAUGUUCCCAUAAAUUACAUUCAGCUAUUCGCACUAAUUCCUCCAGAAUCCCAAGUUCAGCCCUUCCAUUUGGUGACGCCCGAUAAUGAGACACUGUAUGGAUGGCACCUUAUGCCCCUGCAUCUCUGUCACGAGCAUGAGCAGGAUUUAAUUGACAAUCCCCCCGAUGGCCCUGCCAAGGACUAUACACAGACUGUUGCUUACAAGAGUUUGGCCAAUGACCCCAAUGCUCGGGUCGUGGUGAGCUUUCAUGGAAAUGCGGCUCAUCUCGGCUCUGCCCAACGCCCAGCCACAUACAAUGCCAUGUUGAGUCUGUCCACUCCGUCCAACCCAGUGCAUGUCUUCGCGAUUGACUACCGCGGCUUCGGAGUAUCGACCGGCAGUCCCACUGAAGAGGGCCUGAUUACAGACGGUGUCUCGCUCAUCAACUUUUUAACAGCCGGUCCGUUGGAGGUUCCCACGUCUCGUAUUGUGAUCAUGGGCCAGAGCCUAGGCACAGCGGUCACAGCAGCGGUUGUCGAGCGGUACACCUUUGGGUCUCCUAAUCCAACUGCAAUCCAGCCCGCCAUCAAAAAUCCCGAGCCAUUCGCAGGUGUGAUUCUGGUAGCGUCUUUCAGCAACGUUCGGAAUGUCAUCGAGUCCUACAGUAUCAAAGGCUUGACGCCUCCGAUGCUGUCCCCGUUGAUUGGGUACCCCCGCUUCCAGAACUGGGUGAUGAGCCAUAUUGUAGACCGCUGGGAGACCGGAGUCAGACUUGCUCGCUUGACUGGUGUCAAUGUCACGAGCCUGGAUGGCUCUGAGGUGGAUCAUUCUCACAAGGAUCUCGAUUUGACUAUCAUUCACUCCUCGAAUGAUAUUGAGAUUCCUUGGUACGAAGGACGUCGCAACUGGGCAGCUGCCACAGGCGAGGGCAUCAAGGGGGCUCCUGGGGCUUUGGCCUAUGAGAGAACAGAUGUUGGUAAGCCCGUUGGCGAGGUGAAAAUCUGGGUGAACAAGAUUACUGGAGAUGACGGAAGCACGGCUUUGAAGAAAGUGCGCUGGGAGCGCGUGCGAUAUGGAGGCCAUGAUCGUGUUGCGACAUUCUCUGUUGCUGGCCUUGCAGCUCUCAGGGCCUUUGAAGAGUGA